AUGCCGGAAACGACACCCCGGGGGGAUGAUCGAACGCCGCCGCUAUCCAAAAAGACGGGAGGGGAGUGGAUGUGGUCGAGGGACCCGGACCCGUCUUCCGGGCUGAUGAGAGUCCUCUCGGCGGUGGCCUUCAAGAGCCAGGUGUUGGUGCGGUCUCUGGUGGCGUUCGUGCUCAUGUCCACCGUCACGGCGUUGACCGUCAGGACGCUGCUCAGCUCCGGGGUGGUGAUCAUGUUCCCGAUGGUGAUGCUGCUGGAGCGGAUGGGGCUCCAGGGCGUGGACAUGCAGCAAAUGCUUGCCCUCUCGUACCCGUGGCUGGGCUUGCCGAUCGAGCACCUGCGAAAUCGCAACAAGCCGGUCGGGCCGUUCAUAAUGGGCCACAUCAUGCAGAUGGUGGUUUUCUACACGGUGUACAACGCGUGCCUGUUGGCGUGGUCCUACUGGCUCUACGGCAAGACCAUGACCACCUCUCUCCAGGGGGGGUCUACCGGAUGGGGAAGCUCUACCAAUACUUUCCGCUCCUCUUUCUGGGGGGGCGGGCCAACAUCCUCUUCUUCUCCAGGACGGCCGCGCUGUCCUUCGUGGCGUUCCCCGUGUACUUCUACCACUUUCCAAAGGGGGUUUUCCGGGUGGGGGCGUGGGCCUCCUUCCCCCGGAUGGUUUCCCUUCAGCUCUACGUGGUGGAAGGCGAUCGAACUGCCGGCCUACACCAGCGGAGAGGUUUCCCAGGACGCGCCGCGGGCGCAUUUCGUCGAGCUUCCCUGGCCAACUUGGGGUGCAGCGUUGCCGCCGAUGUGGUCCCUCUUCAUCCCGCCCAAUGCCUCCUCCGUCGGUGUUUACGGAGAUGCCGUUCCCGAUCGGCCGGACGGGGGGGGCGAUGCGGGGGGGGGAGCAGCAGCAGCAGCAGCAGCAGGUGGGGGGGAGGCAAACGACGGCGAGGGGAGCAGGGGCGAGGGGCAGGAACAUAGGAUUCCCCGCGCUCGCGGCGCUGCCGAGAGAGGCGGAGCUCGAGCUAGGGGGCGGGGGCGGGCUAGAGGGCUCGCGCGAACGGAGCAGGAGAGAAGGCUGUUGGUCGGCGGGGACAGAGAUGACGAGGACGGCGGCGGCGGCGGCGGCGGCGGCGGCGGCGGUGCCGGGGAGGAGAUUGAGAUGGCGCCGCGGAGACGAAACGGUAACGGCGGUGGAGCGGGGGAGAGGGCCGAAGGGUGA